AUGUUGCGCAGAAAGUACUGCAUCGUGAUUUACGUUUCGGUAGUGCUAUUUCCGCCCCAGUGGGGCCUCUGGGGGCCUUACCUGGAUGGGCGCCUUACCUCGGGGACGCCCGCAGCACCUGGAGCUGCCUCCCCUGCCUGCCGCGCGCCCACCUCGCGCGCAAUCGCCAGCUCUCCGCUCGGCUCUCACGGUCAAGUCCGGGGCUGCGGGCCAGGAAGGAGGAGGAGCGGCCGAGAGGCUGCCCCGGCGCUGCGCCGCGGGGCUGGGAACACGCCGACCGCCCAGCGUCUUUGCCCCGAGCGCCUCCCGCUUCCUCUGAGCUUGCCCGCUGGCCCCUCCCUCCACCUCCGUGCAACGCCCCCUCGACACCCCCAGCUCCACACCUCCCACCCGCACCCCGCCCACGCAGCCCCUGAACUCGCGCAUCCCUUCCCGCUCCACGGGCCGCACCCACCUGCCCCGUGGACGCGCCCCCGGACUCGCCCCCUGGGCACGCCGCCCAGGACUGAGGGACAACGCGCAGUGGAUCGGGAGGGGACGAGGGCGGGACCUGCGCCACUUCUUCCCUCGCGCGGGGCCACGGCCAAAGCCUUGGUGGGAGAGACGACGGCGCGCCGGGACCCGACAGAGUCCAGAGGGGCGCGUGGGCGCGGCCAGACUCCCUGCCGCGCGCCCAGCCCUCGGCGCGCUCCGAACGACUGGCCCCAGAGCCCACCGGACCACCCGCCGGAUCGGCGCUCACCCCGGGGCUCCGAGUGGUCGAUCACCAUGCACCCAGGGCCGCCGAGGCCGCUCACGCUCAAGCUCCUGCCGCUGCUGCUGGUGCUGCUGGUGACGCGCGCGGCCGGCAAGUUGUUAUUGUUGUUGUUGUUGUUGUUGUUAGCGCCAUCAAAAUUCAGGGGAUGCAUCUGUAAAGACAAAGGCCAGUGCUUCUGCAGUGGAGUCAAAGGGGCGAAGGGGGAGAGAGGAUUCCCCGGACCCCCUGGUGCUCCGGGCCAGAAAGGAUUCCCAGGGCCUGAGGGCUUGCCUGGACCACAGGGACCCAAGGGUUCUCCAGGGCUCCACGGACUCGACGGCCCCAAAGGCAUCAGGGGAAUUACUGGCUUGCCAGGGUUUUCAGGCCCUCCCGGACUUCCAGGCACCCCAGGGCAUCCUGGGCCUUAUGGGCUUCCUGGUUUGCCUGGCUGCAAUGGUUCCAAGGGUGAGCCAGGUUUUCCAGGACUUCCGGGGACACCAGGCUACCCAGGGAUCAUGGGUCCUGUUGGUUUGAAAGGAGAAAAGGGUGCCCCAGCUCAAGUAAAAGAUGUCAAAAUGGAUGGAAAGGGGGACCCUGGUUUACCAGGAACUCCAGGCUUCCAGGGUUUGCCAGGCCCUCCCGGUUUUCCUGGACCUAUUGGUCCCCCCGGCCCUCCAGGCUUCCUUGGCUUUCCUGGAACCAUGGGCCCUCCAGGACCUAAGGGCCACAUGGGUGACAACAUGAUAGGACCAAAAGGAGACCGGGGUGUGAAAGGAUUAACAGGACCCCCUGGACCACCUGGAGCAGUUAUUGUGACCCUCAGUGCCCCGAUCAACAGAACGGCUCUGAAGGGAGAGAAAGGAGAGAAAGGAGCAGCAGGUGAAGCCGGGCCCCCGGGACCACAGGGACCACCUGGAGAAUCCUAUGGAUCUGAAAAAGGCCCUCCUGGAGACCCUGGCCGGCAGGGUAAGCCUGGAAAAGAUGGUGCCCCCGGCUUUCCUGGCACUCAGGGAGCCAAGGGUGACAGAGGCUUCCCUGGGUUAACUGGAGAAUACGGCUUAAAGGGGUGGAAAGGGGAUGUGGGCCCUCCAGGAUUCCGUGGUCCAACAGAAUAUUACGAUGUGCAUGUGGAAAAGGGGGAUGAAGGAAGGCCCGGCCCACCGGGGCGCAAGGGAGCUCAAGGCCCGCAGGGUCCCAUUGGCCCUCCUGGACUUCCUGGGAGCCCUGGGGCUUCUCACCCUGGCCUGAGAGGAGGCCCUGGACCACCGGGUGUGAAAGGAAGCAAAGGAGAGCGAGGACCACCAGGAGAGAAUGUCGUGGGGCCCCCUGGGUCAAAGGGCUGUCCUGGUUACCCAGGCCCUCCCGGGCUGCCAGGUCCUCCAGGACCCCCAGGUGACAUUGUUUUCUGCAAGGGUCCUCCCGGAGAACGUGGGAUUCCUGGUCCUCUCGGGCCUCCAGGAAGCCCAGGACUUGAAGGACCCAAAGGGGAACCGGGCUUCCUGUGCACACAGUGUCCUUCUAUCCCAGGGCCCCCAGGGCUUCCGGGAUUGCCAGGACUCGAUGGCGUCAAAGGAAUCCCAGGACGACGAGGUGCAACUGGCCUGAAAGGAAGUCCCGGGUCCCCAGGAAGUCCAGGUCUCCCAGGAUUCACGGGAUUCCCAGGAGCUCCAGGGGACCCAGGACAUAAAGGAGAAAAAGGUGAACCACCUCAGCCAGUGGGGCAGACAGGUGCCCCAGGAGACCCUGGGGUCAGAGGUCCUCCGGGCAGAAAGGGCUUGGACGGAAUGCCUGGGAUGCCCGGCGCCAAAGGAAUCCCAGGACCUAAAGGUCAACCGGCCCUGAGUGGUGAGAAGGGGGACCGGGGUCCUCCUGGGGAUCCUGGCACCCCAGGGCCUCCAGGACCUAUGGGACCAGCUGGACUCCCUGACUCUGGACCCCCAGGAGAGCCGGGCCCGACGGGCGAGCAUGGAGUCCCAGGGGCCCUCGGACUGCCAGGAGAAGUCGGUCCUAAAGGAGAAGCUGGUGUUUCCACACCUGUCCCAGGCCCCCCAGGACCUCCAGGACCCCCUGGCCGGUCUGGCCCCCGAGGCCCACCUGGUAUCCCGGGACCCAGGGGAAAGUGUGAUCCAGGUCUACCUGGACCUGAUGGUGAACCAGGAAUUCCAGGAAUUGGAUUCCCUGGACUGCCCGGACCUAAAGGAGAUCGAGGUUUACCAGGGCCAAAGGGAUCACCAGGCUGUCCUGGAGAAAUGGGGAAGCCUGGGUUACCAGGAAAGCCAGGCCUUCCAGGAGCCAAGGGAGAACCAGGCCUAGCCAUGCCUGGAGAACCUGGUAAACCAGGCUUUCCUGGAGAAAGAGGCAAUGCUGGGGACAGUGGAGAAAUUGGACUUCCUGGACUUCGUGGUCUCCCUGGAAUCCCAGGAAAGCAAGGAUUUGAUGGACCUGCAGGAGACCCUGGACAGCCUGGAGCACCUGGGGAGAAAGGACCCCCAGGAAGGUGCAUGGAGGGUCCCAGGGGACCUCAAGGACUUCCUGGCUUAAAUGGGCUGAAAGGACAACAAGGAAGAAGAGGUGAACCAGGUUCAAAGGGAGACCCAGGUAUUCCAGGUUUGGAUAGGUUGGGACAUCCUGGAGAACCUGGGCCACCAGGAAUGCCUGGUCAUCGAGGUGAGAUGGGACCACCUGGUCAAAAAGGAUAUCCCGGGAAUCCAGGAUUUCCAGGACCACCAGGGCAAAAAGGAAUGCCAGGAAUGAUGGGUUUUCCUGGAAUUAUUGGACCCCCAGGACUUCCUGGGAACCCAGGAGACCGAGGACAACAGGGUAGCCUUGGAAUUCCAGGAAGAAAAGGCGAGAAAGGACCUCCAGGAGUCAAAGGGGAGCAGGGUGAUAAAGGAAUUCCUGGGUCCUCUCGGAUCACCCAGUUACUGGGUGACAAAGGAGAACCAGGUCUCAAAGGAAUUGCAGGACACCCCGGUCCAAAAGGCAACCCAGGUGUUCCAGGGAUACCUGGCUUAAAAGGUCUCCAAGGGCUGCCAGGACCCCCAGGACCCCCAGGUCUCAGAGGAGACCCAGGCAGCAUUGGGAAUCCUGGGGAGGCAGGGCCACGUGGCAUGCCAGGAAGCAUGGGGAACAUGGGAAUGCCAGGCCCCAAAGGAAAUAAAGGGAGUCUGGGAUUCCCAGGUCUAGCCGGAAGACCAGGCGUUCCAGGUGUGCCUGGUCCCCAAGGAGACAAGGGAGAGGCGGGUUAUUCAGAAGGUGCACAUCCAGGACCGCAGGGACCAAAGGGCGAUCCAGGUUUGCCAGGUGACAUGGGAGAGAAAGGAGAACGAGGGUCCCCCGGCCCACCUGGACACUCAGGGCCUGCUGGUCCCCAGGGCAUCCCUGGUCAUCCCGGAAGUCCCGGCCUCCCAGGAACACCGGGUCCCGCUGGUGAUGUGGGAUUUAAAGGCGUCAAAGGCUUUCCUGGCUCUCCAGGAGCGAAAGGCCCCCCAGGCCCCCCAGGAUUCCCAGGACCUCCUGGACCCGUGGGUGUGAGAGGUAGCCAAGGCCGCGAUGGAAUUCCUGGUCCACCUGGAGAAAAGGGAGAAUCGGGUUUGCUGGGGGCACAUAUGGGGCCGAAAGGGAGCCCAGGUGCUAAAGGAGCCAAAGGAGACAGAGGAGCCCCGGGUUUGCCCGGCUUGCCAGGCAGGAAAGGAGCAGUGGGCGAUGUGGGGCCUCGAGGACCCCCUGGUACAACAGGAUUCCCAGGGCCACCAGGUUCCCCAGGUGCAAUCAUUCCUGGCCAGAAAGGAAACCGAGGCCCACCAGGCUCACGAGGAGCCCCAGGUGAACCUGGCCCACCUGGACCUCCAGGGAGUCCCGUAAAAGGCAUAAAGGGAGACAAAGGAUUUAUGGGCUUGCCUGGCCCCAGAGGUCUGCCUGGAACCGUGGGUGACAAAGGGCCCCCAGGUCAUCCGGGACCGCCAGGUGCCCGCGGUCUGCCAGGACUCAGAGGCGAUCCUGGGUUCCGUGGAUUUCCUGGAAUGCAAGGAGAGAAGGGUGAUCCAGGAUUUCUGGGACUAGCUGGGCCUCCAGGACCAAUUGGGCCUCCUGGACCACCUGGCGCACGUGGAGACCCUGGCACACUCAAGAUCAUCUCCCUUCCAGGAAGCCCAGGGCCCCCUGGCCCACCGGGAGGACCUGGGAUGCAAGGAGAACCUGGCCCACCAGGGCCACCAGGAAGCCCAGGACCCUGUGGGCCAGCAGGCGUGCCAGGCACGGACGGAAAGCCUGGGACUCCAGGACCAGCUGGAGAAACAGGCGACAAAGGUGCUAAAGGAGAGAAAGGGCCACCUGGGUCAGCUGGACUGCCAGGUUUAAAGGGGCGACAAGGAGACAUGGGACCACCUGCAACCAGGACAGUCCCGAGGGGCUUUAUCUUCACUCGACACAGCCAGACCACGGCCCCUCCUUCAUGCCCGGCAGGGACACAGACGCUCUACAGCGGCUUUUCUCUCCUUUUUGUACAAGGAAAUGAACGCGCCCACGGACAAGACCUUGGAACCCUUGGCAGCUGCCUGCAGCGCUUUACCACAAUGCCCUUCUUAUUCUGUAACGUCAAUAAUGUGUGCAAUUUUGCAUCUCGCAAUGAUUACUCGUACUGGCUGUCCACACCGGCCCUGAUGCCAAUGGACAUGGCUCCGGUUACUGGAAGGGCCCUGGAGCCUUACAUCAGCAGGUGUACUGUCUGUGAAGGCCCUACGAUCGCCAUAGCCAUUCACAGCCAAACCACUGCCGUUCCCCCGUGUCCCCAGGGCUGGAUGUCUCUCUGGAGAGGAUUUUCUUUCGUAAUGUUCACAAGCGCAGGCUCAGAGGGCGCUGGGCAAGCCUUGGCUUCUCCCGGCUCCUGCCUGGAAGAAUUCCGAGCAAGUCCCUUUCUAGAAUGUCAUGGAAGAGGAACGUGCAACUACUAUUCAAAUUCUUACAGUUUCUGGCUGGCUGCUUUAAACCCCAAAAGAAUGUUCAGAAAACCUAUCCCAUCAACUGUGAAAGCCGGGGAGUUAGAAAACAUAAUAAGUCGUUGCCAGGUGUGCAUGAAGAGAAACCCGUGA